UACAUUCCCAUUCGCAAUAUUCUCCUCGUUCAACGCCACCAACAACUAACUCUAGGUAUCUAAGAAACACUUGUCGACCGGCUUUGCCCUAUCGUCAAAACCCCAACAACUCGACGCACUUAUACGAGACUAACAGCAUUCGGAUCUGUUGGUUGAGGGAGAGUCCCUUGCUUGAACCAACCAGGCAUUGCAACAUCUCCCAGCGAUUCAUAUCGACACCGCAUCCAUCUAUACCCAAUAAGAUCGACAUCUUCGCGCAAUGGCGCCUCGAAAGGCCGCCAGUCCGGCGAAGCCUCGACGCGUUACUCGCGCUCAAGCCGCAGCCCCAGAACCUACUACUACCAUCGCCGAACCACCCAAGCGACGAACAACAAGCAAACCCUCUAUUCCCACCACGUCCGCUACUAAGAAUACCGAGGCGAAAUCUAGAAUUACCAAGAGAUCGACCUCUAGCACAGCAACUACCAAACAGCCAGCGCGGCCAGCGGCACGAUCCACCAGAGCCAAAGCUGUUCCUUCAGCAGAAGAGCCGGUUAGCGAAGCCGAAACAGAUCAGGACGAGCUUGCUGUUGUCGAGCCUCUGGCGCCCUCGACAACUCGGACCACCUCACGAUCUUCGAGAACACAACCUGCUGCCACUACCUCCACGUUAGCCGCAGUCCCCAGACGACGUGUCCGAGUCACACCAAUGGACGGCCGCGGAAGUAACACGAUAGAAGUCGCAGAGCCAGAGACCAAGAAAGUCAACACUGCUAGCUCCCGCGUGAAGGACAAGCCGGCCAGCACCAAAACUACCGCUUCUUCUCGCAGUAAGCGCACCACCAAGAAAGACGCUCUUGACAGCGUUCCAGAACAAGAAGCUACCAUAACUGUAUCUGAGUCUUUACCCAAGAAGCGAGGCAGGCCUCGGGCAAAUACAGCUGAGAAGGAUAUGGAAAGUGUCCAGUCGAUUCCGGCCCUGAAAUCACGGGGUAGGCCGAAGAAGGAAAACCCCAUCGACGAUCCUACAGAGGUUGAUGCACCUGCCCCCUCUACCAGACAAACUCGUGCUCGAGCCACUUCGACUGCAUCGGCUGCUAGUGCUGUGCCAACCAUGCUUGUGGCGCCACCUCGCAAGAAGGUCACAUUCCAGGAUCUUCCCGAUGACGAGGAUGAGAAGGAGAAUAUCAAACCCCCUUUAAAGUCUACAAAGAAGGCUUUUGGACCGGCUAGCAAGAAAUCCGAGCCUGCAGCAAAGGGUAUCAAGGCUAGGCCUGUUCGUAAACCUGCUACGACCGCUGCAGCCAAGUCGGCAAGGGGUCGUGCAGCAGCAAAGGCCGCCGUGGAAUCUGAAGAACCAGCCAACGACACCGGGGAAAAGAUCCAACAGAGAGCAUUGACGCCCAAGAAGAUCACCCAAGUCGCAAAGGCUUCCAUCUCCGACAGCGAAGAGGAUGAAGACGAACUUGCAGGCGCUAAAACUCCAGUUCGUGACCUCAGUCGCUCACCGAAGCGCAAUGUGAUCAGCUCAGCAGCCAAACCCAUGUCGCCAGUCAGGAAGCUGGACUUUGGUCCUUCUCUCAGCGCUCGCUCCCCAUCUCCAGACGCAAUCGCCAACCCGGAGGUUCCAGGUCUCCUCAGCCCUGCGCGACGUAAUCCAACAUCCCCUACAAAGGAAGUUUAUGAUCAAUCCCCAAGACGAGCACCAGAUGGGGUGUCCAUUUUUAGACAAGUUCAGGACUUCAACCAGCCAGCCUCGUCACUCUUCCCUUCUACGAAAAACCAAGUCCUACUCCAGUCUCCUAAGCGAGGGUUGACAGAUGUCUCAAUUUUCCCCCCAUCAGCGAUAAAACUUUCCAAAUCACCCUCGAGAGCUCCUCUUUUAUCCUCUCCUGCGCGACGGCUCUUCUCGCCCUCCAAACAGAAGACUCCAGCGCGUAUUUCGCCAUCUCCGAAGAAGAAGCACUACACAACAGCAUCCCCAGCCAGCGCAGUCAAAAGUCCUGGAGAUCUUGACAUUGAGGUCACCUCUCAUUUCCGUCCAUCGAUGUCCCCACACCGUUCCGGCAGAGUGUACACAUUGAAUGAGGAUGAAUUGGUGCAAGAAGCUGCGUUGCUUGAUUUCGACCAGUCUGUCCUGAAUGUCCGCAGCCCACUCAAAGUUGACAAGGUGAAACCAGUCGUUGAGAGCCCAGUUCAGCGUCAAAGCACACUGCCCACUCCUCAAGAUGUUGUUGAUGAUUCCGAAGAGGAGGAACAAGCCGAGGAGUUGGUCAUCGAGCCUAUGGAGAUUGCCGUUGCACCUCAGCCAAUUGAUCCUGAUGAGACUCUUGCAGAUCCUGACGUUGAGGAUGACGAUGUCUCUGAGCACGAGGAGUCUGAUGCCCCAUCCGACUCGAGCUCCAUUCAAGGCUCUGAGAACGACGAGUCUAUCAUCCACCACAAGGUCCCACACCCUGCGCCCAGACUGUCUAAUGUACUUUUCAGCCGGCUGAGGGAUGUCGACCAAGACUCUGAAGACGAGCUUCUCGCCGAACAAACUCCAGAUCUUCGAAACAUCAGAAACACUUUCCGGUCGAGUCUGAACCAAUCCACAUCACGCUCCCGCCUGUCAUCCGGCAUCGCUCCCCCCAGCGCAGCGCGGAACAUGGGAUUCACUCCUCUAACAAAUCAGAUGCGUGGUUGGAAGGCUUCUAGCCCGCAGAAUAGAGUCAAAGCUAGUGAGAUCGCUGCUCAAUCCCAUGGUCUCUUCUCUCCCCUGGCGCGCGUGCAUGUCGAAGGCUCAGUUGAGAUAGAUCGACAGGAGACGCCAGGCCGGUCAGCCAAGAAGCGAAAGUCGCAUGCCUCCAGAGUUUCGUUUGGUCCGUCGGUCGUGGGUAGUCCUGCAAAUCCUGAUUUCUUCGCAGAUGGCAUUGCGGCACAGGAAUUCUACGAUGACAAUCAAAGUCGCGAGGAUGGCGAGGGUUUCAAUCAUGAAGACCUUCACGAUCUCGUGUCAGAUGCGGGAGAGGAGCAACCCCAAAGUCUGGCGCAUCGAGCUUGCGAAUUCUCAGCCUCGCCAGAGCUUGAAGACGAUGAGAGUGAAUCCGAACACGGUGAGGAUGCCCCAGGUGAACUCACCACGGACCUGAUCAAGUUCACAAAAGCUUCUGAUACAGCUAUGGUCGAUUUCGCUACCCUUGCAGAUGAAGCCGAGCAGCUUGCUCAAGCAAACGUCGAGAGGGAUGUCCCAGAGUCUGCCAUCACAGACAACGGUGCUGAGAGCACUGAAUCUGGUAGAUCCGGUCUAGAGCUUAGCACGGUUGAUGAAGAGCCUUCGGUUCUGACAUCCUCGUCAGACCAGAUCUACGCCGACGAGAAUGCGACCGUAGAUGAGCAAGACUCUGCUGAUCAAGCCUCUCAAGAUCAAGGAGACGAAGAGCAUGUCGAUGAUGAGACGGUGCCCACGGUUCUAAUCGACAGACAACAGUCAGUGUCUCCCGCCAAAGAAGAUGCUGGCAUGCCUGAAGAUUGCGAGCAACACGAAUCCAUUGAACGGGAACCUGAUUUGAAUGAUGUUGAAGCCAUCGACUUCAAUGUGACCCCAAUCAGACCCAACCUCGUCCUACCGCGCUUUGUCAACACAGUUGUAUCCAAAGUACCCCUCCGGCCAGAAGGAGACAUACCCGCGGAAUCACCCAUCAAACUGUCCAAGAAGAGAGCACGAUCUUUAUCCUCGGCUGGUUCGCUCGUUAAUAAACGUCGCAGUCUUGGUAACAACAUUGAUGUCCUAGCUACGGCGCCAGGCCUUCUGGAAACUCCCAAGGGCAAGAUGGAAGUAUUUUCGUCGCCUCACAGACACAUUCGCAGUGCCGCUCCAAGCCCAGCACAGUCUCUCUUCAGUACUGUCACCACACCUGGUCAGACAAGUUUCGCAAUCGAUGACUUCGGCGACAGCACGCUUGAUGGGAUCGAACUGCCAAGUGACGAGCUCAUGUCAGAUGAUGUCGAGCAAGAAGAGGAUAAUUUGGUCAACAACAAAACUGUACCAGAUGACACGCUUAUAACAAUCGGCUCAACAUUCUUCAAAACUCCUGCAGGAGCAUCCAAGAGACGAAGUGUGCUUCCGUCAUCUGCAAAAUCCAACGAAUCAUCCACGCCACAUUAUGCCAUGAGCACCAAGUCGAGCAAAAGCCGCACAGAUGCAACACCAACACAAACUCCAUCUCGAGCUCGCGCAUCCUCCUUGAAAACUCCUUCUGCGGCUGCAAAGCCCAAGACUCCCAGCACGCUAGUGGCAAGCAAAACCCCGGCUAAGACACCUCUUCCCAGUCGGACACCGCUCAAGCCUGUUGAGGAUGGUAUACUAAGUGGUGCGAUCGUUCACGUUGACGCCCACACUAGUGAAGGCGCUGAUGCGUCGGGCAUCUUUGUGGACCUCCUCACCAGCAUGGGAGCACGUUGCGUGAAGGAGUGGAAAUGGAAUCCUCGAGCCAGUCAGGCAGCUGGACCGAACAAAGCCUCUACAGAAGCCCCUAUCGGCAUCACGCAUGUGGUGUACAAGGACGGCGGCAAGCGUACAUUGGAAAAGGUCCGCGAUGCCAAAGGUCAAGUCCUAUGCGUUCGCGUGGGAUGGGUUCUGGACUGUGAACGUGAAGGCAAGUGGCUUGAUGAAGCUGACUAUGCAGUUGACACGGGUAUUUUACCUCGUGGCGGCUCACGACGACGCAAGAGCAUGGAGCCGAGGAUGCUGAUGAAUGCCAAUGGCAGCUUGAGUGCGAAGAAGAACGUUCGGCGUAGCGUUAGUGACGAAUAUGCAAGAUGGACACCUGAGAUGAAAUUUGAUCUCAUCAACACACCAGUUCGAGGCAGAAGCGAAAUGGAGACGGGUACCCCACAGAGUGAUAGUGGGCUCGCCGAUGAUACAGAGAUCUCGUCAACAUACGACUCACCCACCGCUGCCACGAUCGGCGCUGGCGGUGAAACCGCUGACAUUGGCGCGUUGAUGUCUAGCCAUCGCAAGAGAACAAGCAAUGUCUCAUUCCAUGGCGAAGAUGAAGAUGAAGAAACUUCAUUGUUGACAUCGCCUGGUCUUGCGACUCACGAAGCUCAGACCUCGACGCCUCAACCCACAGUAUCUCUCGACGUGGACUACGACCCCAGAACAGCGGCCACGCCUCUCACACCAUAUCUGAUGGCCAAAGGACGAGACUUGAUUCAGAUGAGUGCGCCACCAAAGCAAUUCAACCAAGGAUUGUUUGAAAAGCGUGCCGCGUCGUCGAAAUUGUCCAAUGAUGCUGACGAACCGGAGAGCGAAUCCCAAACUCCAGAAGCACAUCGAGGUGAAAUGAAGAAAUUCCAAGUCAAGAUGAAUCACGCCAAGGGUAAUGGUAAUGCGAGGGACGGGAGGAGGAGGACUAUGGGUGCGGCGUUGGGCUUUAAGCCAGUUGUUGCCAGUCCAUUGAGGAGGGAAUAGAUUUCUUUGCCUCAACGAUGACAGCACAUUGAUUGGGGAUGCUGAGCGAGAGGAUGAGCGUGAAUAAAAUGGAACGGCUUGAUGAAGAGCAGAGUCAUUGGUGGUAAUACACUUUGGGGGAAGGUCGGAUUCAAAUUGCUGCUAUGUGGAUAGGCCGGGCUAUAUUCUUGUUUUGGUUCUGUGUCUGGUUACGAAGUUGGUUGAUUUGCUUGUGUGCGGACUGUCUUGCUCAUCAUAAUCGUCAGCGUCAGCGGGCACCACUAGCGUCCAGCAAUAGCAGAAUCACUGUCAACCACUACUUCCCAUCUUAGGUAAAUCCCUGUUCUCUGCUAUU